ACAUGAUAAGAAGUCUUUAGGUACUGCAUCGUUCAUAUGGCAACAUGUUCGUGCGUGUGGUUGUGAAGGGGAAAGAGAAGUGCAAAUACAAACAAAAUGUUCGAAAAGGAUGCACCAACCCAAUGUUUCUCCUUCGCCUCACCUCAUGCUUCUUUCUCUGCCUCCCAGCUCUCAUAAACCACGUCAUGCAUCUUACUUUGAGGGUGGUUUUAACAAAAGCAAAGAAAUGUGUCGAAAUCUGGGUGACGACAUACAUUAUGCUUCUCCAAUCAUUCCCUUGACGAGAAAGACAAAUGAGGUGGAUGUGGUCUAUUUCAAGGGCGGCGAGAAUAUUAUUUUCAGUCAGACCAAAGGAGAUGGUGAUGAAGUCUCUACGGCAUUAACACACAGUAUAGCUUCCGAGACAUUGUAUGGAGGUAUAUCUCAGCAUCAAAGGGAGAGAACUUUGAAUCAUUUUGGACGGGGAAAGUUGACCAAGCAUGUUGCCACAGACGUCGCAUUUCGUGGGCUUGAUAUCCAGAAUGUUGAUUUG